AUGCGUCCAGGAUCAUUGUUAGCACAAUUGGCUUUCGCCUCAUCAGUCAAUGCAUUCUAUCCGUUCACUCCGAGUUGGCGUCUUGAUGUGCCAAUAGGACAAGAGAGCGUGGGACGAAGGUCACAGGGCGCAGGAAACAGCGAUAGUGUCCGUAUGGGCAUCAAACAGAGAACACCCAAGUCCAGCCAACCGAUAUCAGAGAGAGCAGCCCACGAAGCAGCACGCUUAAUCGCAAAGUAUACAGGAGGAACCGUCCCAGCUACCAGUGUAUUGGCUAAGCGCAAGAACGAGUACAAUGUCAUGGAGGCCACGGAAUCGACAAAGAAACACACUCAGGGCGUCAACCAGGAUGGUACCGAUUACUCGUACUUUAUCGAGGUUGGAGUCGGGUCAGAGAAGAAGCCAAUGUACAUGCUUAUCGACACUGGUGCUGGCUCAAGUUGGGUUAUGGGCACUUCUUGUACCAGCAAAGCGUGUUCGAUGCACAACACAUUCGGCGUCGACGACUCUGACACACUCGAGGAGACAGGCAAAUCCUUUAACAUCGCAUACGGCUCCGGAAAGGUUUCUGGUAACUGGGUCAACGAUACGAUCACCGUGGCUGGUAUGGACAUCAGCUAUCAGUUUGGCCUGACGCACACGACAUCGGACCAGUUUCUCAACUUCGCCUUUGACGGUAUUCUCGGUCUUGCGAUAAACAAGGGAUCCAGCGGAUGCUUCCUCAACGCUUUGGACGAGUCUAAGAACGUCGACAAGAGCAUGUUCGCUGUCGCUCUGAACCGUGCAGAUGAUGGUACCAACGAAGGCGAGAUUAGCUUUGGCUCACCCAACCCCGACAAGUACACCGGCAAGAUCUCAUACACAUCCAUCGGUAAAGAGGACGACUGGGCUAUUGAGAUGGACGACAUGGGAUUCAAUGGCGAGCAGGCAGGUGUUGGAGGCAUGCGCAGUUACAUCGACACCGGAACCUCAUUCAUGUUCGGCUCACCAGCCAAUGCGAAGAAGGUCCAUGCUCUUAUCCCAGGAGCUGAGAGUAAGGAUGGCAUGACUUACCAUGUUCCUUGCGACAGUACGGGCAACAUGACCAUCAAGUUUUCUGGCGUUGACUACGUUAUCUCGCAUAAGGACUGGGUUUCUCCUCCAAACAAGGAGGGAAAGUGUGCCAGUAACCUGUACGGUUUUGAGGUCGUCAAAGACGCAUGGCUGAUUGGCGACACAUUCCUUAAGAACGUCUACGCUGUUUUCGAUGCGGACGAGCGUCGAAUUGGUUUUGCUACCACUGCUAUCAACAACAGCUCUGAUGACUCUGAAGAAACGACUAGCUCUUCGUCAAAGACAAAGACUUCCAACAAGCCAACUCAAACAUCUGACGACAGCGAAGAGACAGGUAUCACCACAAACUCCGAGUCAACGGCGACCGCAGUUCCGGACAUGGGUCUCGGCAAGGAAUCAGUCUCAACCGGCACUGCCACAGCCGACUCAACACAGGCGAGCGAGACACAAGACUCGUCGGCACCCACAGGGCUACUAUCACAAGCCCGUUUCACAUUCAUUUUCUGUUUAGUACCAUUUUUCGCCCUCCUGGCUUAG